AUGGCCGUCACGCAGCGCGGCCGAGCCAACGUGGCCCACGUCAACAUGAUGACGGACACCAUCAUCGCCAACCUGCCCACAGACGGCUUGCGUGCCGUCCUGCGCUCGCUUCUGGCAUCGCACCCGGAGAUCACCAGCUCCUUGGAGGAAGAGGCCAGGAGAUACGCUCUGCAGAGCGCGUCGACAAAGCUCAGCGCAGAGCAACCGGCCACCGACAUCCCGGCCCUCAAAGAGACCGAGAACCUGGUCCGCUGCAUGGCCGGGUCCGGGCUGUGCUUCGAGAGCCUUCCGCUCUUGGGCCAACUAGUCACGCAAGCGACGCAUGCCACGGCCGACGACGAGCAUUUUCUUGCCUCUGUCGAUGGAGACAUUGUCCAGGUCAUGACGGCAGUGCAGAAGAGUCUCUUCGUCCCGACGGGAACGCGUGGCAUGACUGUCGACGAGCAGACCCAUCUGCAGCGGUUUAACAAGACUCUCCGUGAGUGUGAGGAGGCUAACCAGAGGGCGAGAGGAACGCACUGCUUCUCCAGAGGCGCUGCUGCUACUGCGAGUGCUCUGGGUGUUCCAGAUGCAACUGCCAAGGAGAUGAACGAGUCAUCCAAGCAGUCCCUGCAAAACGCGCGGCCGCCGCCCGAGGCCAAAGAGACAUUCGAAUUGGGAAACAAGACAUUGCCACGGAUCUUCUCCGGACUCUGGCAGAUGUCCAGUCCCGCAUGGGGCGCAGCACCGACGGCAAAGAUCCUUGACCAGUUCUACAAGCACGUGCAAGGCGGCUUCAAUGCCUUUGACAUGGCGGAUCACUACGGCGAUGCCGAGAUCAUCUUUGGACGCUUCUGGUCAUCCUACCCAUACCGAGACUCGGUAUUCACCGCCACAAAGUACUGCGUGUUUCACCAGAUGACCGACGUGACUCGUGAAGGUGUCCGAGCGAGCGUAACUGAGAGAUGCAAAAGGUUGCAGCAGGACAAAGUAGACUUGCUUCAGUUCCACUGGCAAUUCUAUGAGAACCCCCGAUACCUCGACGUCCUCAGGUUCCUAGCAGAAGACGAUCGUGUUGGCAUGAUUGGGCUGUGCAAUUUCGAUACCGAGCACAUGGAAAGGGUCCUGGAUGCGGGUAUUGUCUUUCACGCCAACCAAGUACAGGUUUGUCACCCGCGACAGACUUUGCAGAAGAGUGUUGCUAACACAGCUAAGUUCUCACUGAUCGAUUCCCGCCCAGUCUUCAAGAUGGGCGAGUUCUGCGAAACGCACAAAAUCAAGCUGUUGACAUACGGUACAUUGUGCGGCGGGUUUCUAUCGGACAAAUGGCUUGGUAAGCCUGAGCCGGAUCUCUAUGAUCAAGCCAUCACACCGAGUCAGCGAAAGUAUCAUACCAUGAUCCGUGGCUGGGGCGACUGGACCCUGUUCCAAGACCUGCUCCAGACUCUACACCGCAUCGCCACUAAGCACGGCGUCAGCGUCUCCAACGUCGCCACACGUUGGGUGCUGGACUUUCCCUACGUAGGCGCCGUCAUCGUCGGGGCCCGGAUGGGAAUCAGCGAGCACACCGACUCGAACCUGGCCAGUUUCGGGUGGUCACUCGACAAGCAGGACCAGGAAGCGAUCGAAGAGGUGUUGUCUAGGAGCAGGCGCAGUGAGUUGUUCGAGAGCGUGGGAGACUGUGGGCAGGAAUACAGGGUGUGA